GCCACGACACCACCACCUACAACAACAACAACAGCAGCGACAUCCCCACCACCACCACCAGCAGCAACAGCAACAACAACGGCCCCGAGGAGGCGGCCACCACCACAGCCACAGAGACGGUCCCCGGAGAGCUCAGUCGGUCGCGGAGUUGGCGGAGACGAUGAGCCGCGACUGGCCCGGGGUGUCCGAGGGAGGGAUGUUCCCUGACGACGCCAGCACCGUACACAUCCCGCCCUCCCUGCUAGUGGCCAGCGACAACCGCUGCAGGUCAGCCCGUGUCUGUGGACAACAGCGGACGUGACGCCACGGAAGGGGGCGGCGACUACUACAUCCGGUCUCAGAACCGGAAGCACAACGGUGCCUUCACCGGAGAGUUCCGGAGCGGCCAGGAGGACUCGCUGGACUGGAGUCACGUGACUUCCAGGGGGCGGGGGACGGUGGGCGGGGGGCUGGCCCAGGUCACAGGUCACCGAAUCGGAGGUGACGUCAGAAGUGACGUAGACGAUACCGAAGAUGACGUGGACUUCCGGAUUCUGACCAGCGGCGAGAUGGACGGCUCUGGGGAGACGACAACGUCCAGGGAGUCAACCCCUGACCGCUCGGACAUCAUAGGGGGCGGAGCGAGGAGGGAGGAGACGGGGAGUGAUAUCGUGUUUGAUCUUACCCUCGACCCCUCCGACAGACCGUCGAUUGUCGUUGACGGGGGCGAGGGGGAGGGCAGAGGGGGGCUACUGCUCACUGGUGGAAAGAUUCCUGACCCAGACGCCAAAGACUACACCAUCAGCAGCAACCACAACCGCAACAACAACAAGAAGAAAAGCAACAGCAACAACAACAGCAACAAAUACGACCACCGCAAGCAGUACGACAAACAGCACCGUGACGUCAUUAACAACAGCAUGGGUCUGCCCCAGCAGGGCGGCAAGCGGCGCACCACGGUGGUGAUCGUGCGCGAAUGUAAGCCGCGGAGCCGCUGGUUGGACGGCUGCAGGCGGUGCCGCUGUGACGUCAGGGGCCGGAAGUACUGUGACGACAGCAGCUGCCUCAAAGCGGAGCUGGCUACCGUGGAAACGAGCACGGCGGCGUCGAGUCCCCAAGACGGCGGCCACGGCGGCAAACGUCACGCGCGGCCCAUGCAGCGCCCGCCCAGCUUGUCCAUUUUCCGGAACGAACCUGUGAACCUGACUGACCGCUUCCGGCCCCGGAACCACUGCGGCCGGUUCAAGGUGAACCAGAAGUACUGGUCCGACUGCAACCUGUGUCUGUGCACGCCGCAUGGGCCCAAAUGUACCGCCAAGAACUGCGGCUAGACUCACGCACGUCACACACUUCACACACUAUUUUCCCAGCCCGACGACCGCGGUGUACAGACCGGCGUCUGUGGUGUAGCGGCAAGGCUCUUCGCUGUCGCACGCCGCGGGAGAUCCAAGUUCGAUUCCCGAGUGG